ACACUAAACACAAACACACAUAUUAUAUACUCAUCUUCAGCGAUCGGUUGUUUGGCCCGUGUGUUGUGUUUCAAGCAAACCGCACAACGAUCAACAAGUCAAGUGAAACGAUUUUUGCUUUUGCCCAUAGAGAAAUUCUUCGGUUUCAGUGUGGAUUAAUCGUCUUCAGUGUCAAGGUCUUUACCACUCUUUGUUGAAUGGCAAAGAAGAACUUUACCUGGCGCGGAUAUAAAGAUUCUUUUGCUUGUUAAAAAAGUUGUUGGUUUUUUUUUUAAAUUUAUUAAAUUUUGUGACAUUGUUUUGUGAAUAAUUUUUUCUUUUUAUUUUCGUUGGUCAAGCCAUAAAAUUUGCUGCGAAAACCGUACAUAAUUCCGUUUGGUUUAAUGUUGUUGCUUUUUUGUAGUUUUGUUGUACAGAGAAGAUAGGACAAAUUAAAAAAAAAAAUAAUAAUUACCAAGAACGGUGGAAUUUAAGUGCUCUGGAAAACUAAGGUUCAAUGAAACUAACUUGUUGGAUUCCGAUAGAAGUUCAAUGAAAGUUUAACGUUCGAAAUUACACUUGUUAACAAAUUGUUGUUAAACUGGAAGAGGAUAAAACGAAUCGAAAAGUGUAAAAUAUUGUUUUUCUAAAAAUAAACUGGAAAACAUCCAACAACUUGAUGAAUAAAUAUUUCUUGUUGCCCAUGUUCAUGCAGAGAAAGAAUAUUUUUUUUGUCUUUUAUUUUUUGAAGAAAAGUAGCAUAGCACACAUUUCUAUAUGAUUCAACCAGUUAAAACCCAUCUAUGAAUACCGUUACAACAUAACAGUUCUUCUAAUCAAUAUUUACUUUGUGCAUUGCUCGCUGAUAAAUUAUUAACCAUACAUAACGAUAUAUAAAUGUAUACGGAUGUAAUACCUACAGUCCAUCAAAAUUUUAACAUUUAUGUACACGUUAAGGCGAAUUUAUAAUAUUUAAAUUAAAUAAGAAAAAAAAGUGAAAUAAAAAGAGUUAAAUUAUGUCUUCCUAACGUGCCAAAGUUAUAACGGAAGAUUACGAAAUAAAAUAAAAUCUAAAAGAAACAAGUGUAACAACAUUUCACGAAGAAGAAGAAGUAAAAAAAAACUUGUGAAAUAAUUAACAGUGAGAUUAACAGUGAAAUUUAGCUUCUAAAUAAAAAAAAUUUUUAAAGUCAUUUUCGUCCAAAAUUAAAUUUUGCAUCGAAUUGGAAUUUCAUCUAAAAAAAAUAAUAUUCUUGCUGUGCAUGGCUCCAUAAAACCGUUCCAUAACACAAGCAUAAAUUGAUCCAUCAGUUAUGUGCAAUUACGAUAUCGUUUCUAAGACCAUUUAUCGUAAUUAUUACAAUUAAUAAUUCGUAUUCUUUCAACAUUUAAUAAAUAUUAUUCAAGAUGCGUCCUGCUAGUCACCAUCGUGUUUGGUACCAGCAUGUCUUCAUAGCUACAGCAUUAAAUUUGCUUCAAAUUAGUUUAGGAAGCACAGUAAAUUUUUACAAUCCUAGUAUAGCCAAUUUUCAAUCACAUAGGAACCAAAGAAACCUUCCUUGUGUAGUUUUACGAACCGGAAUGGAGGGUACAUGCAUGUUCGCUAUACACUGCCUUAGAGCCAAUGGUACGCAUUUGGGUACAUGUAGAGAUGGCUAUUAUUUCAAGUCAUGCUGUCAGAUUCAUGACGCGUCCACCUCAGUAUUAGAGCAUGAAAUUAGUGAUAAUAGCAUAGACCAAAAUACUAUAUCUCAUUUCCAACAUCAUCAAUCAUCGUCAUCCGCAGAAACAUUAAAUCAUAAAAGUUCGACAACGGAACGGCCACCCAUUAACAUUAAGAACACGAUCGUUCCAUUGCAUUCGGUUACAGUAACACAUCACUCAUCAAAUAGCCGUCCGACAUUGUCAUCGACCAAUAGUGAUGAUAAGUUAGUUUAUAGCACGAGCAAUGACCCAACUAUCUGGGCAAGUAACAGUGAUAACAUAGUGUUGGAUCUACUCACAACAUAUCAAAAUUCCAUCAUAACUUCCACUGAUGCCACCAAGAUUGAAAGUACUAGUUCAAUAAUGACAACGACGCAACCGUCACCAUUCACAAAAUCACCCACAUCGAUUGCUGAAGACAAUACUAAAUUUCAAACCUUUCAAUCAGUACAGGAUACUGUGACUACAACUGUAAGUUCUCCGACAGUGAUGAAAACAAAGAGCCCAAGUAGACGGCCUACGACAACAACCAUGAAACCAACGAAACGACAUAGGCCUUCUACGAGCGGAAGUGAAACUAGUAAGCCCACAAAGGAGGUUAUUGCAUCCACAACAAAAAAAGUUGUUCGGGUGCCAACGACUACAUCCAAACCAAUAACUAUAACUCGAAGACCCACAACAACCACUGCAACAACGCUAGCGAAUGUGGCUUCGUCGAAACGUCCAACUGCAUCAAUAAUACUGACCAAGCCGACGAGACGAGUUACAGAAACACCCGUCCGACCAUUGAUUAACAGAAAUGAAACGCUGCUCACUAGCAGACCACCUGCUACGAAUCUACAAAACGAUCCAAUCAGUACCCUCGUGACACAAUCUACUGCCAAACCAGUCCCUACGACGACAACGUCUCAGCCAUUUAUUACCAUUUCUUAUGUAGAAACAACAAAAUCGCCCCGUCCGAAACCGAAACCGACUCAACAAAUCGUCAAAGUAUCCCCGACUAGUCUCGAUCAUUUAGUGGAGUUGGAGAUUCCUUUGUCGACAACUCAAAGUUUUGUUUCGAGUGCUACAACCAUCACUCCGUCAACUCUUCAGCAACAACACACACAGUCAUCUACGAUGUCCGUGGAAACGAAAACAGAGUCCAGUACAAGUGGAAUUGACCAACCAAUAAUUGCUUACAACGAGUCGUCGGCAGAAAAUGAAAUCAAACCGAUUGUAGGGACAACACAACCAACCAUUUUGGUCACCUGGAGCAAUAUCCAAAUCGAUAACAAUACCAUCGAAAAUGGUUCCUAUACCGAAACUCCUGCGACACCAACGGAUUGGAUUUUGCUACCAAGUGUGGUCCCUGUGGAAACAUCAACGGCGCCAAUCGUUGAACACAGUACAAAUAUUUCUGACAGAAAUUCAUCAGUUACUCAACAGACAUUGCUCACAGAAACACCCGCUGCGACAACGAUUGCCAAACCUGCAGAGACAACCAAAGUUCCCAUCACAACCUCAACAUCGACCCAACGAACGACCACUCACAAAUCAACUUCAAAGAAACCUCCUACCAUCACGACUAAACCAACAAGUAAACCAGUUACGACUAAGCCAACAAGUAAGCCCGUUACGACUAAGCCAACGAGUAAACCCUUUACGACUAAGCCAACGAGUAAACCAACUAAAGCUUCAACCACUACGAAAAUAACAACAACAACCGAAACGACAUCGACCACUGGCUUAGAUUCAAGUUCUACACAAUUUCUGGCGCCGGUCGAAAGUAAUAAAACGGAAACAAUUUCGUCAAAUGCAACGUCAUCGACAGAAGGUCCAAUGUCGAUAACAUCGGGCACUCCAAUUGUUUUCCCUACUGAUGGUAUAACGGAAAGUUCCUUAAAUAAUGAAACAGUGAUCAGUGGCAAUGGAACAGCAAAUGGUACAACACCGAGUAAACCCCAGUCAGCCAAUACAAUGCCUUCUUUGGAAGGAAUUGAUUACAGACAAGUGUGUGGUAAACGAAUGUUUCCCGAACCGCGAAUCGUUGGUGGCUCGAAGGCAUCCUUCGGCCGAUGGCCCUGGCAAAUUUCGUUGAGACAAUGGAGGACAUCAACAUAUCUGCAUAAAUGUGGCGCCGCUCUGUUGAAUGAAAAUUGGGCCAUCACAGCCGCUCAUUGUGUUGACAAUGUUCCACCAUCAGACCUAUUACUCAGAUUGGGUGAAUAUGAUUUGGCUGAAGAAGAGGAGCCGUACGGUUAUCAAGAACGACGUGUCCAAAUCGUAGCAUCUCAUCCACAAUUCGAUCCGCGUACAUUCGAAUACGAUUUGGCACUGUUGAGAUUUUACGAACCGGUGGAAUUUCAACCUAACAUUAUACCAGUAUGUGUCCCAGAAACUGAUGAGAACUUCAUCGGCCGAACAGCUUUUGUGACGGGAUGGGGAAGAUUGUAUGAAGACGGACCAUUACCCAGCGUUCUCCAAGAAGUGUCAGUUCCUGUAAUCAACAACACCAUCUGUGAAUCAAUGUAUCGGAAUGCCGGCUACAUCGAACACAUACCACACAUCUUCAUAUGCGCCGGUUGGAGGAAAGGUGGCUACGAUUCGUGUGAAGGCGACUCUGGCGGGCCGAUGGUGAUCCAACGGGAUGAUAAACGUUUCUUAUUAGCCGGUGUCAUAUCGUGGGGUAUUGGUUGUGCUGAACCAAAUCAACCGGGCGUUUAUACAAGAAUAUCGGAAUUCAGAGACUGGAUAAAUCAAAUUUUGCAAUUUUAAUUUAUUGGACAUUUAUUUGGAGUGUGUGAUUUGUACGACACAUGCAUGAGCUGUUUGUGAUUUUUUUUAAUCCCUUUCUUUUGAGCUUAAAAAAAGAUUCAUCAAUAAUGACAAUCUGUCUAAUAUUUAUAUGUAUGUGUGCGUGUGGCCAAGCAUUGUAUUUACAUACUGUGUCCACAGUUGAUAUAAUAAGUUAGUCGACAUACUCGACGAACUAUAACAGUAGGUUAUAUCUGAGAAGUGAUAGGUGAUUGAUGUGUGAUUAAUGGGGAUUCCUUCGAUUUUGGUAAAUUAUUUUUGUCUGACCCGGGUCGUCGAAUGAAAGCAGACGUUUUUUUGAAAUGGGCUGUCAACGUAUCAUCCAACACAAAUUUUAUACUAAAUCAGAUUAUCAAAAUGCAAAGAGAAAAUUUAAAAGUUUGAAACGUUUGAUUGACUCAAAAUCAUUUUUUUUUUCUUUUUUAAAUUUAAUUAAUUGACUGAAAACUAGCGCAGUAUAAUUGGAGUUCUUACAUCGCUUGAAUGUGAUGCAUCAGAUGGGUGGUCAUAGCGACGAUUUUACAAAAAAAUAAAGACAAGCUCUAAUACAAAUGAAAUGAAUGAAUCAAUUGCCCAGUGAAUUAAAUUUAGAGUGCUCGGAUGGUGAUUUAGUUAAUUAGUCCAAACUCUUUCAAUAAGUAAAUUUUAUGAAAUGAACGUUCGAAAUGAUGGCUCGAAUGAAAGCAAAAAAAGAAACUUUUGAAGUUUGAU